UGUAUAGGUUGGUAAUUGAUGAAUUUAAUUUUUAAGAAUAUAGUUCGUGUUCUCCUUAUUGAUGUUACCUCUUAUAUUGUACGAAACAAGACAUGAAUUAAAUUGUAUUUAUUUACGUUAAAGAAGCUUUGUAUAAGCGUCAUAACUGUAUGUGUGUCUAAAUGUACGCAUUUACUUAGGUACCCCGCAAAGGCCGUAUGAUCAGUGGUUGUACAGUUUGUAUAUAUACGAGUAUGCGUCAAACGGAUUUAGAACAUUGAAGUAAAAUUAAAUUAACAUAUAAAUUUGUUCAGUGUUCUCUAUUAAACAAAUAAUCCUGGAAAAUGAUUCACAGUUUGUUUAUUAUAAAUUCUUCAGGGUAAGUAACAAAUUGGCGAAAAGAAAACAGAUGUGACAUUUGACAAGUAUUUGGUUAGAGAGAUGUUUUCAUGGAGAAACAUUGGAAAAGUGCUGUUGCAAGAUCAUUAUGCGACUACUUUUUUGAUCAACAGCGAAGGGUUUUGUCUCCUGAAGAUACACCACCUGUAAUAGCUACACCUCAUCAUUAUCUGAUUAGUAUAUAUCGUUGUAACAUGUUCUUUGUUGCAGUAUGCAUGACAGAAGUUCCACCAUUGUUUGUAAUUGAAUUUUUACAUAGAGUUGUGGAUACCUUUGAAGACUAUUUCAGCGAAUGCACAGAGACCAUUAUAAAAGAAAAUUAUGUAGUUGUAUAUGAAUUGUUAGAUGAAAUGUUGGACAACGGAUUCCCAUUAGCUACAGAAUCUAAUAUUCUGAAAGAACUUAUUAAACCACCAAAUAUUUUAAGAACUAUUGCAAAUACUGUUACAGGAAAAUCUAAUGUUAGUGCAACAUUACCAAGUGGACAGUUAUCUAAUGUUCCUUGGAGAAGAACAGGUGUUAAAUAUACAAAUAAUGAAGCAUAUUUUGAUGUUGUAGAAGAAGUAGAUGCUAUUAUUGAUAGAACUGGGGCAACUGUAUUUGCAGAAAUUCAAGGCUAUAUUGAUUGCUGUAUAAAAUUAAGUGGUAUGCCAGAUUUAACACUCUCUUUCAUGAAUCCCAGAUUAUUUGACGAUGUUAGUUUCCAUCCUUGUGUCAGAUUUAAAAGAUGGGAGUCAGAACGAAUACUUUCUUUUAUCCCACCAGAUGGUAACUUUCGACUUCUUUCUUAUCAUAUAGGAUCACAAAGUAUUGUAGCAAUUCCAAUAUAUGUGAGACAUAAUAUUAGUCUUAAGGAACCAGGAGGUGGUAGAUUAGAUAUAACAGUGGGACCAAAACAGACUGUUGGCCGUACUGUGGAAAAUGUGACAUUAGAAAUUCCAAUGCCAAAAAUAGUAUUGAACUGUACUCUAACACCAAAUCAAGGAAAAUAUUCAUUUGAUCCAGUCAGUAAAAUAUUGCUUUGGGAUAUUGGAAGGAUAGAUGUUUCCAAAUUACCCAAUCUAAGGGGAUCGAUCACAAUUCAAAAUUCAGCUAGUGUAAUGGAGUCUAAUCCUGCGAUUAAUGUACAUUUUACAAUUAAUCAAUUAGCAGUGUCUGGCUUGAAAGUCAAUCGAUUAGAUAUGUAUGGAGAAAAAUAUAAACCCUUUAAAGGUGUCAAAUACAUUACUAAAGCUGGGAAAUUCCAGAUAAGAAUGUAGAUAAAAAAUAUCAAUGGUUUCCUCAUGAAAUAAAAUAUUUUUCAUAUUCAGAAGUACAGAUGACAAACCCACAGAUAUGACUCUUAUCUACAAAAGUGUAAUACUCCUUAUAAUAAAUUUUAAUUAUACCUCUUAAUGUAAAUAAUUAUAAAUAAAGAUAAUUCUUUUAUUAAAGAAAGGAAUUAAAUUUCUAUGAAAAAAAAUAUUAAAAGUUAUUAUGAUGAUUUAAUUUUAUUAGUAAAGAACACUUUGUAAAAAGACAAAUAAUCACGUUAUUCUUUUUAUACAGAUUCUUAAUUGUAUUUAAAUUAUGAGCCUUAAGAAUAAUUUACUUAAGUACAUAGAUAUUCAUGUCAUAGAUUGAUGGCACAGUAUUCUUUUGGCUUCAAAAUCUUCCCAUGUUGGAUGCGUGGUAUAUGUAUAUAAACGUUCCAUAUUAGUAGCAUAUAUAGUGUGAUUAC